UACUUUUGGUCGACUGAUGGUGGACGUACGUUUUGAUACGAAUUUUAUUAUUUUCAAGACGAUUCAGAUCAGUUCCAGAUAACUUUAUCUUAUUUAAUUGAUACCGAAAUUCCACGUGGGUUUCCUCGUGUGAUCAUGGGGAGUUGCUCAUCGAAAAAGAAAGUAAAGGUUGAGAAACUAGUGAACGUACUCCAGAAGUUUGAGAGACUUGUAAGCCCAGAGGUGUAUCAGACUCUUUUCGGUCUUUUAAAAGAGGAAAAGAUGAUUCCCGAUUCGUUGAUAUACGACAUAGCAGAUCAAAACCCAAUAACGUCUCAACCUAAGGCAGCGAGAAAAAGUGAAGGAUACGACGACGAUCAACGACGGCCAACGCGACAAAGACGUAAAUUACAGACAGGUAGCCCUACAGAGGAGAUUCAACCCGACAACGAAAGGCUUAAAACAGAUCUGGAAGAAAGCAAGCGUUAUAUUGAUCAACUUAAAGCCGAAAUUAACAACUUAGAAGAGAAUAAUAAGGAACUGAGUAAGGAGGCAGACCUUCGAAAGGCAACAGAGCUUAAGUGCGAGAAAUUGGAAAGACAGCUGAAAGACCUUGAAGAAGAGAAAAAAUUGGAUUAUGUGCAACCGGCUACACAAUUGUCAGUUCAUGAGGAGAACGAAAAACAUACGAGACAAAGAGAUCAUGAAAAACAUAGAGGAUCAGGACCACAAGACACGACACAACCGGACCAACAGAAUGUGACAAGGGAACAUGCAACCCUUCAACGGGACUAUGGGAAACUAGCUAACGAAUUGGCACAGCUGAAACAGGAGAAACAGACAGGCAUUGAAAAGCUAGUAGGAGAGUUAGCAGUCCUUCAGCAGGAGAAAAGGGAUCACGAAGAUAAACUAAGUCGUCAAAUAGCACAGCUACAGCAGGAGAAAGAACAUGAUCUCCUAAAACUGAGGAGAGAAAUAGAAGAAUUACAGCAGGAGAAAAGGGAUCACCAAGAGAAACAAAGUCGACAAUUAGCACAACUACAGCAGGAGAAAGAACAGGAUCUCCAAAAACUUAGAGGGGAGAUAGCAGAGCUUCAGCAGGAGAAAAGGGAUUAUCAAGAGAAACUAAGUCGACAAGAUCAUGAUGUCCAAAACCUGAGAGGACAGAUAGCAGAGCUUCAGCAAGAGAAACAAGACCACGUGAAAUUAACAAGAGGUCUGACUGACUCACAAGAAGCAAACUUAGCCCAACAAAACAGCCUUACUCGACAAAUCAGAGACCUAGGGUCAGAUCUUGAAAAAGCUUCUUCAAAAAUAAAAGAGCUCAAGAAUAGUGAGGAAACGCACAAACGUGAACUAGGUGAAAAGGAAAAGGAGUUCAACAAGUAUUGCAGUGAAAAUGAUACAUUGUUGACGGAUUUGGGAGAGGUUCGCGGUCAAUAUCAGGAUAUGCAGAAGGAACUUAAUGGUCAAAUAGACAACCUCAUGGAGGAAAACAAUAGCAAGGCCACCUCGAUUGGGGAAUUGGAAAAAGACAAGGAAGAGUUAAAACAGCAGCUCGGUGACCGUGAAGAUGAACUAAAAACUAUGAAGUUAAACAAAGACAAAUUAGAACAAGAAAUGGCAACAUUACGACAGGAGUAUCGCACUAAACGUGCGGAUCUUGAGAAACAGAUCGAGUCACUCAGGGGAGAUAAAUCUGCACUGUCGUCAACCGUCGAAAAAUUGCAACAAAAUGUUGCUAAGAUGGAAAUACAACUCGCUGACAGUGAAGAUGAACUCAAAUCUGUACGGUCAGACAAAGACAAAUUAAACGAGGAACUGGAUACCUUACAACAGGAGUAUCAAACAACCCGUACAGACCUGGAGAAACAGAUUGUGUCAAUCAAGGAAGAUAAGUCUGCGAUGUUCUCAACAGUCCAAAGCUUACAACAAAAUGUUGAAACGAAGGAAAGACAAAUCGGUGAACGUGAAGAUGAACUCAAAACUAUGAAGUUAAACAAAGACAAAUUAGAAAAAGAAAUGGCAGCAUUACGACAGGAGUAUCACACUAAACGUGCGGACCUUGAGAAACAGAUCGAGUCACUCAGGGGAGAUAAAUCUGCCCUGUCGUCAACCGUCGAAACAUUACAACAAAAUGUUGCUAAGAUGGAAAUACAACUCGCUGACAGUGAAGAUAAACUCAAAACUGUACGGUCAGACAAAGACAAAUUAAACGAGGAACUGGAUACCUUACAACAGGAGUAUCAAACAACCUGCGCAGACCUGAAGGCACAGAUUGUGUCACUACAGGGAGAUAAGUCUGCACUUUCGUCUACAGUUGAAAAGUUAAAACAAAAGGUUUUCGGGUUGGAAACACAGUGUGGUUCACUCCAAUCGACCAUCGGUGCUGUUAACACUGAGAAAGAGGCGGUUAAAAAGGAAAUGGACAGUCUUCAGAAAGAAAAACUACAACAGCAUAAGGAAAUGUCCACCAAGUUAGAAGACCUAAAUGCCGCAUGCUCUACGCUUUCAUCCAAAAUUGACGUGUUGCAACAGGAAAAGAAUGCAUUAGAGGAGAAAUUAGGGUCACUCCAGGCAAUUCUGCAUACAGUCAGUAUGGAGAAAGAGGUCUCCGAGAAAGAGGUUGCCAGUCUACAGGAAAGCCUUACGGAUAUAUCUAUCAAAAUGGAAGAUCUUAGAGCCGCAAAUUUGACACUUACAUCACACAAUGAUGAUCUGAAAUAUGACAAGGAAACAUUGCAAGAGCAAUUCGAUGCUAAGGAUGAAGAACUUCAGACACUUCAGAGAGAAGUGAGAGAGGCGGCAGAGCGAGCAAAGAGGAAAUCCGUCGUUCUGAGUCUACGAAGCGAGGGAAGCGGGAUGGGAAAGGCAAUGGUAGACAUGGUUACCAAGGAACUAACGAGGGGUCUCGAAGGAAAAGUUGACAAGACCCAUAUGGACCUUACAAUACAGCCAUACAAGCCGACAGCAGGUGCCCUUUGUGGACCCCUUGUGGUUUUCUGUCUAAAUAUGUCCAGGGUCGGUACUAACAUACUAGAUACAUUAAAGGGAAUCACGGUUACCAAAGACGUGAUAGCCCUGGUACUCCACCAUACCAACAAAGAAAACCUAUCUUCACUAACUCCCACAAGUCUCCGCGUAACCGGAAGUGAGUUACGACAACUUGGUGGGAUUAUUGACAUGGCAUUUACCAGUGACAGUGGUCUCUACGAGUGCGAACUCAACAAAAAAGCUGUCGAAAAGCUGGCAAUCGUUUUACAAAAAUACUAAUCACUCGUGUGAACAUAACGUACUGCCGGGAUUGCAAUUUCCUUUAAAGGCGAAAAGUGAAAGUUGUUGCAUUUAUGUCAUAUUUUUUACUAUGUGUGAUAUGUAUCGGCGUGUUCUUAGCUAGUUAUAUUUAGGAUCACAGCUGGUUGUGAGUGAAAACACACUUGGACGCAAUGCCAUUGUAAUCAAAAGCCUUUUUUCUAAUUUGCAUACGAAUAUUUCCAGAACAAACUUUUGUAAAUAUCUAUUAACAUUAUCGCCAGAAAAAGAAAAUUUCGUCAACAGGUUUGAUUUUUCGGGGGUAUAUUUGUGAUAGAGGUAAGGUUAGCGUGUAUGUUGGUGAAUGCUGUGUAGGUGUGUGAGUGUGUAUGUGCGUAAGUAAGUAACCAUUGGGCGAGUUUGUGUUUUAGAUGUGAUGUUGUGUUGGUGGAAGGAUGUGUUUUUAGGUCGGUUAUUGUGUAGCUGGAUAUAAGGAUGUAGGUAUCAAGGCAGAGAUCUAUUUUAAAUUGACUUUAGACGAUAAUUAAUAAUCUUGUAUAUUCUUUUCUCGAGACGAUGUAUAAGUACAUAUAAGUGACCACUGGUCAUGUUUCAGAUGAAUGUGACUGAAUGUGGUCACUGAAACGUCACGCAUACAAUCUAAUACUAAUUGUGAUAUUCGAAAUGUUUCAUAGUAUAAAAUUAGUUAAGUUACUGUCGUUAUAAAAUAGAAAGCAUUUAACUAUAUGUAAAUCAAAGAUAAUGUUUUAUUUGACUCUAUUGCGAUGUACCAUUGGAUUAUUAUUUGGAUUCCUGAAUGCACUAUCGUGAUAUAU